UUGUUAUAUACUAGCCUGGCGAGACGUGCGUAAAAUGUCGCUAACUGAGGGACCAUUUCACAAGAGCGGGUGUCUGUGCACAGACUGCCUGUACAACAUAGACGAAUGCGUCAAGAAAAUCGCGUCCUGCCCUCACGGUCCGCCCGGAAGCUACCUGUGGGACUCCAGCUUGACCGUGACUCUGAGGGAGUGUAUGCCGUACGACAGCUUCCACCAGAGCAAGAUCAUGCAGCGCUACGUGGACUCCAACUUCAGACCGGUGCUGGAGAAGCUGCUCCUCUUUUCAAUCGUUUAUCGUGAUCAUCUCGUGGAAAGCUCAACCAGGCAACAACCGACGAAAACAGAGAGCAAAGUGCGAGUUGAAAACUGCAAAGACGGUCCCAAAAAGAAGAAGGCAGUAAGAAAUGAUAAGGUUAACGCCGGUGAGGAGAUGCGAGGGAAUAGCAGCAAUAAGUCUCGACAGGGAGGAGACAAUCACCAGAAAGUUGACAGGAAAGUCACUGAAAACAUCCUGUCCAGUGCUGCCGAGAAAGGCGAUAUUCGAAACGAAGGGAAGUUGGCAGGUUUCGGGAAAAGUGCACAGUCCCGGGGAGGAGGUGGGGACCUCAGUGAGGCUGCCGACACCAGGGACGGACGUAAGGUGAUUGAUAAAGACAGCAAGCUGUCACUGAAAAGGAACACGAAGAGGCAGCUAGCCCGCAAACGUUCCUACAUCAAGAUGCGGCAGAUGGGAGAAGACUGGAUAGUGUCCUACCGCUUGGCGCUGCUGGAGAGGUUCUCCAUGAUGUGCACGUAUGGACCGGCCGCGGCUGUGCUGGCCAGGUACACCCCCGAGAUCUGGCCCUGGCUGCACGGAUUCAUGCUGGACCUGGCAGAUGAGACGGAAACAAUGGUACCUAAGAAGGAUCACCUCGGCUGCCCCUCCUGUUCCCCUGGAGCCUUCGGACUGAGGCUGUACAGUGACGGCGGGGUGACCUACCUCUUGCACGACGUGAUCGUCCUGACCGAACGGGACGACCUGGUUCGUGCUCUGCUACAGGAGACUGGGGAAAUUCCGUCUUUCUCUACCUGUAUCGCUACAAUACUCAGGAAGCGCAGCAGCUUCAGGGUGCUGUGGAUGGCGCUCAGGACGGGCCUCUACUUCUUGGACAUCGGCGGCAUCAUGGGCUACAAAGUACUCAGAGAGGCUGGCGCGCUCCCGGCUGUCCUGACUUUCAUCGAGAGGGCGAGGGGAUGGAAGCGCUGCGCCUUUGUGAAAGCCCUGCUGAAGUGGGCCAUGGUCCUGCGGAUGUUCCUGGACGGGACGAUGGAGCUGCACUACUUUCGGCGCAAGAGUGUGCGGGUUCGUCUGCAGAUGGAUGAAGGUGAUGAGUUCUACUCACUGCGGAACGAAAUGUACGAAGUACAGGACCCGGCAGAGGGAGUGAUGCCCGUGUUCUGCUCCAAUCCUCCCUGCAUGAGCUUCUUAAGCGACAAAAGCAAACGCCUGGAUGGAUUCCGGACGUGCAGAUACUGUAAGCUGGCGCAGUACUGCAGCGCGGAGUGCCACGCGGACCACUGGCACACCUACGGGCCGGACGGGCACAUGAGCAGGUGCUUCUCCCGGGACAUGCUGGUCUCAAACUGCAAGAACCUCGACUGACCGUGAGAUGAGAAAAUGUCAUCGGUAUUCCUUAAUUUUCAAUACUAGCAAAUUGUAACUGCCUGAAAGACUUUUGAUAACUUUACAUUUUGUGACGACGAUGCAUCGUCGUCAAUUGGUCACGAUUCUUGUGUUUCAUUGCAACAACAAUUGCAGAAUGACAAUUGCAAAACCACACUGAUUAUGACGUGUACUAUAGAACUUUAGAACUUCCAGCACGAUCAGAUGCUUUUUUUUGUUGGUUAAUAUCUUUGUUGACAGAAUUCAGAUGAUGGUCAUGUUUGUCAUCUUAUCCCGAGUAAAUAUAAAACGUAUUGAGACUACGUGCAAUGA